AUCCACUAAAAAGCUUUUUUCAUCGUUCAAUAAAUCUCUUGAAACACAAGAAGUUGAAAUUUAGACUGAACCGAAACUUUACUCUAUAUCCUUCGAUUUUUGCGAUGAUGAAUUUAAUGAUAUGGUGGUUAUUGUGGCUGUUAUUUGGUCAUGGAUUCACAAUGAAAAUGGGUUGGAAUGAAGAACUUGAGUUUUGUGAGGAAGAAUGGAAGAAAUUUGUGGCGGACAAAAUUGAAAUCGAUUCGAAAUGCAACAAUACUCGUACACGUUGUUGUGUUGAGGAGAAGAAAUAUCUUUUAGAGCGAUUUAAAAUGUUUAGUGAAAUAUGUCCACUCGAAGGGACAUGUGGAUGCAACCCGAUUAUUUUGAACGUUACUGCUGGGAUAUUCUCCAUCAGUAAGUUUAUUAAUGCAUCGGCAGAAUGGAAAGAACCAGAAAACUUCACGUGUUCACAUAAGUACAUAAAUGAAACAAUAGAAAAACGGUAUAAAAUACCUUUUUCUCUCUUUGGAAUCGGACAACACAAAAUCCCUUAUAAGUAUGUUUUAUACGGUGGAAAAAAUCACACCUGUUAUGUUGUCAUCAACGUGAACGAAAGACGUGGUCAAGAUAUGAGCGGAUUUUUUAUCAAACAUGUUCAGUCAGGAAUGUGUGUUGAUGAUGCUUUAGCAUUCUUCUCUGGAAUCGCUCCAUUACAUUUUACAAGGAAUUUUUUUCAAGUGACAAAUAGUUUUAAAUUUUUACCAUCUGGCUCAAUCUUGAAUCUGAAUAGAGCAACUUGUCUUGUGGGACGAGGCAACGGAAAUCUUUUGCGGUUAUCUGAUGGAAAUUUUAAUGGAGAAUGCGGAGCCAUCAAUGCCAUAACCCAAACAUUUUGGGGUGGUCUAUUCUAUUCACGCUAUAAUAAAUGCAUAGUACGUUCAGAAGUUUAUUUCGACGUGGGACUGGCUGAUUGUAAAAAUGAAGAAAAUCAGCGAUUUAAUUUCGGCAAGUGAGAAUAUUCAUCCAGUUAGCGUAGAUAUACUUAAACUCUAAUUAAAAGCCACUGCAAGGCCACAGAUAUAGGAAUGGC